ACGUGCCUACAUCACUGCUCUGAUCAUGUCCUUGUUUCUUAUGCCCUUGCCACUUGUAAAUAGACUGCCUAACAAGCUUUUAUCUCAGACCAUCCCCAGCAAUGGUAGGUGUUAGAUAAUUGCCGAAUGAUGCGGCAUGAUCCACUGUCUCUUUAAGAGAAUCCGUUGCAGUGUAGUCCUACGCAAUUGCCUCUGUUCACUUCAUGGCCGGCUCGGCAUGGAUUCUCAUCAGCAGCACCGCAUCCAUGUACAGAUACAUGCCACUAGUGACCGUUCACACGCAUUCCACCAGAAGUCCUGCGGGGACCAAUUCUACUCCAGGAUGUAGGACUAUUUAUCGGCCUGGCAAAUAUGGUACCAUAAAUGUUGGGAAUCGUGUCAUCUGUACUGUUAUGUCAGAGAUCACAGUCGGGUAAUCGCUGCAUGAGAGGAGGCUUUUAUUAUAUCCCCUAUCAAUUGCCUAUGUAGGACACAGCCUGGACGUAAUUAGUUUGUCAGCUAUUCCUUCCUCAUCCCCAAGAUUCUAAACAUUGGAUGGGAUGUUUAGGUUCACCGGAAAAUGAUGUUGGCUGUCCAUCUUUGAGCCAUCUUCCUAGUUUUCCUCUUAGCGCCAGCAGCAGGUGGUCCACACCCAUGUCACUUCCUCAAAGUCGGAAGCCCUCUGCAGGUCAGCGCAGGCGGCCAGUGGCCACUAGCAGUGGGCGCCAUUCCUAUAGCGAUGCCUCCAAUACCAACACUUACCUCGGCAGGGCUAGUGAGGGUAGUCCUACAGCCCGGACAUAUCCUGGCACACCUAAGCAUCAGGUGAAGCAUGAAACCUGCAGUGAUAACCAUGGGAUUCGGCCCCCCACACCAGAGCAGUACCUCACCCCGCUGCAGCAGAAGGAGGUGUGUAUCAGACACCUGCGAGCCAGGCUGAGGGAGAAUGUCCAGAGGCUGCAGCACAGGGACAGUGAGAUAGCUGAGAUGAAGACCCAGCUGUGUCGGAUGCAGGAGGACUGGAUAGUGGAAGAGUGUCACCGUGUCGAGGCCCAGCUGGCUCUGAAGCAGGCGCGCAGGGAGAUCCAGCACCUGCACGAGGUCGUGGAGACAGUACGAUCAAACCUCGGCACCCCAGAAAAAGCCCCCUAUGACAAAAAGCCAUACCUCUCACCGCAGAGACCACGGCCUACAAAGUCCCGCUCCUGUGGGUGCUCCCCAGCCAGCACCCUGAGCCGCAGCACCGCCUACACCCGGCUGAGCAGUGAGGCCCUCUAUGUGGACCGCAAUGGAAACGCCCCAGGGCCUGACCUGCGUGCAGCGGCACAGGUAGAAAGGCGGCGGACCCACCUGCUUCUGGAGGCGGCCCUUCUGUCAGAGCAGCAAACCCCGUCUGGCCCCGCCCUGGUCCACGGCCCCUCCUCCUCUACCAUGCCACGCUCCUCCACCUACGAGAGGCUGUGCAGUGGAGGGGCUGUGCUGCCCGUCUCCCACUCCUGCCACUCCCUGAGUAACAGCUGCAGGUGCAGUGGCCACACCUACCUCCCUCAUCACCACCUCUUCCUUCACCUCCCCCAGGAGGAACCCCCGGCUGCAGUGGCGGUGGCUGCUGCUAUCCCCGUGAGGGAGGCAAAACCGGAGGUCCGAUCCCAGGCCUGCAGCCCCACCAUGACCUGGGUCUCAGAGGAAGGAGGGGGAGAGGAGCUGAGCAUCAUCUCCCUGGCAACAACCAACAUCACCCCAGCCUACUCAGAGCAACAGCUGUUCCCUCCCUCCUUGUCUUCCUCCCCUCCUCCCCAGUUCUCCUACAACCUAGAGCCACUGUCUCCAGAUGGCCAUGUGGAGAUGACAAUGAUGCCAACAGUGGCCCAAACUUGCCAGCCCAAGCCUAGGCCAAUGUUGUCACCAGAGAGGCAAGGAGGCGUGACAGGGGUGGAGGAUGAAGAGAAGGGUGAAGCUGUUGAAGUUGACAACGUUGUGGGAGGGGAAGAGGGGGAGGACGGUGCUCCCCAGCGGAACUUCUGGAGCCGAUACUUCCUGGUGGACCUGUUGGCAGUGGCCAUGCCGGUGGUGCCGACGGUGGCCUGGCUGUGUCAUGGGGCCCCGCGGGAGGUCAUGCCUGUGUACCACAUCGGUUCUCUGCUACGGGGUUGCUGCGCUGUGGCCCUUCACUCUCUGCGACGCGGGGGACGUGGCCGUGGCCCCACAAGCAUGAAUGGGGCGACCAAUAUCUGACAACUUUACUCCUUAGCCCCCUGACUUCCCUCACAGCAACCAUGCAACCCCAACCUCUAACGAGUCACAGCCAGAACAGCAAUCAGACUUUGAUUUUGACUUAUAUUGCUUUUUAUUCUCCACCCACGUGUCUGAUUUGAGGAUGACAUUGAGAUUUACAUGAUCUGUUUCUGUUAGAUUUGUAAUCAUGCCUAACUAUCUAGGAAAUCAAAUGCAAUAGUGAUUUGAUGGGGAAUGCGUGAGCCUGUGUAAACUUUUUGCCACUGAUCUACAGUGGCUCCCAUGACUGCACAUCUCAUUGCAUGUAACCCUGAGAAAUGUUCAACCCUUUGCUAUUAACUCACCUUAAACAGAACCUUCAAAUACACACCUGCUAUAUUUGAACCUUGAACACUUUGAUGAUUCUCCAUGAAUCUUCUCGUUGUCUUUGAAAUUGGGGUGAACAUGGUUCACCUUGUUAAACAUCAGUAACAUUUUAUUUUAGAGCUAAGUGAAUGAGGGACCUGAGUGGGAGUUCUAGUUGAAUGUCUUCUAAAAAAUUAUUUUCUCAAGAAAAUAGAUGAGAAAAGUAGAUAUGUUUGAGUAUCUAUUACUUUUCAGGGAUCAAACAUUUAUCUUCUGGUUUCAUUAAUUGUAUUUAUAGUCCAAGGAUAAGAGUAAAAUUCUGAAUAAGACUAGCACUGUCCAUGUCCAAAUGCUGAAAGCAAGUACAAUGCCAGCUAUGUAUGUAUUUGUUGGAAAUACAUUUGUUGAAUUUCAACACUUACAAUAUUAGGAAAUUAUUUUCAAAAGGCUAGAUAUUUCUUUCAAAUAUUGCACAUUUUUUCCACUUUUAGGACUAUACUACUUGAAGUUUGUCGUGGCUUUACAUUUCAUCAAACAUUAACCAUGCAAGUCUACUUUUGAGCCACAUUAUGCCGCUAAUGCUACAGUGAUAGAUUUUUCUCAAUUAUUCAAAUUCAGAAGUCAAAAGCAAUAAGAAAAAGCUAUGAUGAAGUCUUUACAAGUGUUGAUAAAAUUGCACAAAAAGCUGUAGAAUACAAAGUGUAAAUAGAUCUGGAUGUAUUUCUUCUUCCCUUUGAAAAUAAACUGAAAGUUGCCUUUG